UCCUGGGGAGACUCAUCUUUUCCCAGCACCUGGUGGCACUUUCUCCCAUGAAGGGUCCCAAAGGACACAUAGUUGCACAGGUGACUCCUGCUGCAAUAUGUGGAAGCUCCUCACCGUAGGGAUGCUGCUGGCUGCCAGCUCCUUGCCAGUCUGUAGUACCUCAAUAUUUUACAGCAACAAAGAUGCAAACCAAGUCCUGAAAAUACAGAAACGGGCAAACUCUUUCCUAGAGGAGGUCAAACCUGGCUCUCUGGAGCGUGAGUGCAUUGAAGAGCAAUGUGACUUUGAGGAGGCCAGUGAGAUAUUUGAAACCAAGGAGGCAACACUAAAUUUUUGGAGCAAGUACGUAGAUGGAGAUCAGUGUGACCCACAGCCUUGUUCCAAUGGGAUCUGCAAGGACAACAUUGGGACAUUUUCAUGCAUCUGUAACAAAGGCUGGGAGGGGGUUUUGUGCAAUUAUGAGGUCAAAUACACCAACUGUUCUGUCAAUAAUGGAGGGUGUGAACAUUUCUGCAAGGAUGACCCUGCCAACCAGGGCCGCUCGUGCAGCUGUGCUUCUGGCUACCAGUUGAUGAAUGACCAUACCAUGUGCAAGCCUGUAGUGGAGUUCCCCUGUGGAAGAGUGAAAACGGACUACGUUGACACCAUAGAAGGGUUGAAUAUUCGGCUCAUUGAGGGGAAAACAGGAAGAAGAGGAGGCAGUCCUUGGCAGGUGAUGCUGCAAAGUAGGAAAGGGAAAUUUCUGUGUGGGGGUGUUCUCAUCCAUCCAUCUUGGGUCCUAACGGCAGCACACUGCACUGAGACAGAAGAGGGGCUCAAAGUAAGAGUUGUAUGGAAGUGA